AUGAUUCUAAUAAAGUUGCUAGCUUUUCGUACACUGCCAUCUGCGACCGUUGGUCAAUAUUUCACUUUGGUACGUUCGUUAACAUGUGGAGUCACACGAUUAAGCAAGAAAGCGGAACAGUUGGAAAAUGAUGAACCGGUAGCAGAAGAUCUGCCGGUAACCUUCGUCGACGAUGAUGCAGAAUCCGAGGAGGCACGUGAAGCAAGGAUAGCUACAUUGCGGAACAAAUCACGCCUUCUACCACAGCACCGCAACAUGCUGCACGGUGUACUUCCGUACGAACAAUCACAAUCUUGGAUACACGAAACAGUCAAAUACAAACGCAUGAUGCUCGGUCGGUACGGCAUCGAUGGAAGCAGGGUAGAUCCACGUGUGUGCUUUCCCACAAAACAAGAAGCGUACGAGAAAGCUGAAUACGAACGUGUUGCCUAUCCCUUCACGCUGAAACAAAUGAUGGAUGCGAACGAGAUGGCGCGCAAGACACGGAAGGCAGCGAUCGAAGCACGUGAAGCGGAGGUCGCCCGGAAGUUAGAAAAGCUUGACCAGUGGACGACGGAUUUGAAUGCACGCAUUGCAAAGAAAGAGGCCGAAGCGCGCGCCGCCAAGGAGCGGAAGGAUCGUCUAGUCGAGGAAGUACGAAGACAUUUCGGAUUCAAGGUGGAUCCACGUGACGAGCGCUUCCAGGAGAUGUUGGCACUGAAGGAGCGCGAAGACCGUAAGAAGGUGAAGGAAGCGAAACGCAAGGAGAAGGAAGAGAAAAUGAUGGAAAAAUUGCAGAAAAAAACGGCACAGUUUGAAACGGACGAAACGAGUGAGCAGACGAAACAAUAA